CAGGGGGUACGCAUGUGUUAUUGUCUCUACUGCCUCUGUAACUCUUCGCCCACCACAGCGCUCUCGUCAAGGUCGCUGCACCAUGCUAAAAAUCAAACUCCUUGACCAUCACUCUCGCUGACAUCGCACCCUACUUCGCCGAAGCUUGUUCCGCCACGGCCGCAAGUCCAAGUCAUGGACGGCCUUUUCACUCUGCUCAGUUUGAGCGCGGUCAUGGCCGUGGCAUCGUUCGUUGCCGGCAUCCUCCCUCUGUCUCUUUCCUUAUCGACGGCCAGGCUACGAAUGAUAUCAACAAUUGGCAUGGGUGUUUUAGUGGGGACUUCUCUGGUAGUAAUAAUCCCCGAGGGUGUGGAAACAUUAUACAGUGCUUCUGAGGUUGGCCAGGCGCAUGCGCACCCGCAAAGACACGUCUUGCUUGCGCGCUGGGAAGGAGUCCGAUGGUCAAUACCCUAUCCUGGCCAGGAACUACACGCCUUCCCCGCCCGCAGCCCUGUUGAAGGCACCAGUCCGUUCAACGUACCUGGUCCCGUCAUGCCUUCUGACUUGGAAGCGCCGCCGCAUACUCCGACAGAACCUGGAGUAGUUGGCAUUAUGAGCGGAGAGAAUGCGCACAAACCUGGAUCAGACAAGACGUCCGAAAACCAUGAACAUUCCGACAAAAACUCCCAACAUGCAUGGGUUGGAGUGGCCCUCCUGGCAGGGUUUAUGCUCAUGUAUCUGGUUGACAAAGUGCCUCAAUAUUCCCAGCCGACCAAACCGAAGACAAGGACACAUCACAUCGCUUUGAACAACCUCGGUCGCAGGUUCAACUUGACGACCUCCCUGGAUCGUGACGAGGAAGGAGAUGCUUUUUUGGAUUCUUCGCGAGAAUCUGGCAUUCAGAACCGGAGCUUUGCUACCACCAUUGGCUUGGUCAUUCACGCAGCGGCCGAUGGCAUAGCCCUAGGGGCCUCAUCUACGGCGACGAACUCAGGAUUGAGCCUUGUGAUCUUCUUUGCGAUCAUGAUUCACAAAGCUCCGGCGGCGUUCGGGUUGACGUCUGUAUUAAUCAAACAAGGGCUUUCCAAAAGAGCAGCGCGAGGACAUCUCGUGCUUUUCAGUUUGGCUGCACCUAUUGGGGCGAUUGUGACCUGGAUCUUGGCGAAUGUCCUCGGUAGUGGCCGCACUCACAGUGCGCAGACUACGACUUGGUGGACUGGGAUGCUUCUACUGUUCUCUGCAGGGACUUUUCUCUACGUUGCCAUGCACUCGAUGCAGGAGACUUCAAGUUCUCAUCAUGAAGGCGUGAAUGGGCAGCCAAAUGGAUAUAUUGACGGGCGGGAGAAUACGCAGAAUGAGCAGAAGCCAUCUUGGAAGGAUCUAGCAGCUGCAUGCUUUGGGAUGAUAUUGCCUCUUUUCCUGCAGGUCGGACAUGCGCAUUGAAACUUCGUGGCUUCGGGCCUGGCUGUUUGGCUCUCGAAAGUCCAGGUUACACGAUAUUUGUUCAUUGGCUCUUCGAAGCAAUGUCAGAAAGAUACCUGAUACGAUUUGCGCCUACGAUGCUGUGAAUUGGCUCGAUCUGCCAGUAACGCUGCAUUACAUCUCUACGAAUUUAGAGAAUCAGCCAAUGAAUCGAUUCGAGGAGCGGGACUGGUUGACGUCCUUUUGGGCCUCCAUUUGAAUUGAUAGUGGUUGGGCAGCGUCGUACCUGGAUUUAUGGAGUGUGCGACACGCGGAGAGGGAUUUAUACCUGUACGUCAACGGUCGAUGGGGAGAUCGCCGCCGACUAAGUUACAACUAGUAGGGGCUGGCGCUGAAAUGUUGGACAUACUUGCAGCAUGUCCUGCGUUUUCGAGGUCAGAUGAGAUGAACUCAGCAUGAUCUUGCUCGUACCCAUAGAUGCAGAGAAUCUGGAUGCCCACUACAUAUGAUGCAAGAUCUGGCAUUCAACGUACUCUGGGGUGUCUGGCAAUGAACAAAGAUACCUGGUGGAAGUAGACAGAUGUACUCCGUUUUUGUACUAGGCAUGCACGGCAUGGUCUUGCAUUGUACGGAGUAGUUCAGGCACUCCGACGUGCCUAGGCCACCUGAGA